AUGUUCCACAAAAAGUCGCCCUCGCCGGACCCCACCACCGCCAAUAAGGAAGAAAAAACCCCAUCAGCCGCCCGGAAUUCCAGCGACGCGCCGGAAAACCCGCCGCCGGCCGGGCGGCACAUGAGGGCGGGCGAGCAGCACCGGCGGUCGAACUCGGGGGCUUCGAAGCUCGUGUCAAGCGUGAGCAUGAAGGUGAAGAAGAAGCUGAAGCACGAGGACUCGAUAUGGAAGAAGACGAUAAUAUUGGGGGAGAAGUGCCGGGUGCCGGAAGAGGAGGACGAAGAGACAAUAUUGUAUGACGAGAAUGGGAAUAGGAUUUCGGCAUACCACCACCGGAAAACCCACAGUGGGGCCCUCUCGUUUUCCCGGCCAGCUGGUCUCGAUUAUCGGGAAGAUUUAUCAAGAAAAUAA